GACAGACACUAUAAAAGUGACAGCUAAGCCGAAUUAUUUCUGAGUUUUUUUUUAAACGACCAUUCACGAAAAGUUAGUGGAAUGUGGGGUCUAACAUUUUCUCUGCAUGUUUAUCUUCGCCCUGAAAAUGGUUGAAGGAGUUUGAACGGAGUACUGCGGACGUAUCUUCAAGACCCAAGAAGCCAAGUUAGCAGCUAGCAGCUAACCUGCAUGUCUGUCAGGCGUCAACAAGCUGCAGCAGCCUUGGAGGAUGCAAGUUGUUCAGGGCAACUUCUUCUACCACUCAAAUUCGAGGUUGGGAGGCCUCGAAGAUGAGAGACAACUUUUGGUUGAAGAGCAGAAGUUAUGCAGAUCCAGAUCUCGCAAGUUCUCCACAGAAACCAACCGACGAAGGAAGGCUCUGGAGGACAGAAGGAAGCAGCGGGACGCGCAGGAGCAACGGCUGAUCGAUAACAUCCUGAAGCAACGCAGACAGCGAGUGCAGGACGCAACUGAGCGCUUCCAAAGAGCCCAUUUACCUCCCUCACAGAGACGCAGACAAUCUUUCAGAAGAAAUAUCCCGAAUAUUGAAGAUGCACUCAAUGAAAUCCAAGGCGCGUUGAGUUCAUACACCCGGCAGUCCUCUUUCCUGUCCAGCAACUCUAACAUUAGCAGAAGCUGCUCUCCCUCCCCGAAGCCCCCCACAGUGUUUAAAUCCUCCCACCGCAAAGCCCUCUCUGCUGUGAAGGCCUACACUAAACUGCUUCAGGAGCAGAGCAUGACUUGCUUCAAGGACAGCCCACAAACUGAGAAGUCACCAGAGAACCAGCAAGAUCUCAGUCAUCAGGACAGCCAACUCUCUGAUAGCGCUAAUUCUGACAGCAUUUCCAGUAAGGACAGUUUGGAGAAUGAAGACCCCAACCACAGCACAAAAUAUUCCUAUCCGUCAUUCUUCCUUGAAUCAGAGAAGCCCCAUCCAGACCAAAACAAACAAAAGGAUUUGUUACCAAAUUCUGACCCAACGUCAUUCUCAACAACGAUGCAUCUUGGUGAUCUUCAUCAAUAUCAGCAAAAACAAGAUGAUGACUCUGGAGGGCCUGAUAAUAAGAUGCACUUUUCUAGAACUUCAUGGGGGUUCACAUCUGACGAGCGAACAUCAAAAACGGAGUCUGCUCAGCACAACUCUAACUUAUUAACUCUUUGUGAAAUGAUUAGUGCCGACCCAGAGCACUUUAAGGGAGACUCCUCUCAAAACAGUCCCAGUGACAACAUCAUCCUUACAAAGAGAGACGCUCCUGGCAACACGGCACUUGAUACUUCCUGUCCUAAACAAGAGGCCCUGUUGAAUCUCAGGCAGAAGGAAGUCCAUGAUGACAAACACUUCAAACGUCCAUCAGCUACAGAAAUGAUUGUGCCUGCCAAAAGUGGCAACAGCAAAGACUCUUUGUUUGGGGCUCUCCCAAAGCCCAAUAUGUACUUAAACGAUAGCACAACAGAUAAUGCCUCGCAAGAAGAGAUACUUCAGCAAACAGGAAAAGAACGCCUAAAUCAUUCUUCCCAGAAACCGUCUAGUGCUUCCAUAAACAACCUCAAUAAGGUUUUAAACCAAGACCCCAAAACUCAGAAGCUCAUGAAUGCAGCAUCGCUGCAACACGCAUGCUUGUCCAACAUUCAAUCAGACAUGAAGUGCCUUAAAUGUCCUGAAGUGGAAACACAAAAAUGGCCUGUUUCAGUGAGGACAUCUCGUUCAGUAUAUGAAGUCAGAUUCAUUAAAGGAAUCCUUAAAAAGCAGUCUAAGUAUAUGUCAGGAGAUCCAGCGUGUGCAUUAGGCUCCGGUCAUGUGAUGUUUACAAAACAAGUAGCUUUAGCGAUCAGAGAUAGUGUUGAAUUGACCAGGUCAAAAACGAAAGAUGAAGAGGGCAACAACAGUGUCAAAAAGAAGCUUCGUUGGUUUGAUGAGGUGCAUGUGGACACACAGGACAAAGAGGGGCACAUCAUGAAACAGAUGAAAGGCAAAUCAAAUCUUCGUCCGUCAUACAACAUCUCCGAGGACCACCAGCUAAGCCUCAGCUCAGUCUCAGGGGCUUCCAAGCCUGGACCCGGGAUGACCCCUGCAGCCUCCACUAGUUAUCACUUUACAAAACAAGCGUGGGCAGAUGUUGGGGUUCAAGUCAGCUUGGCCCAGGAACGAGCGGAGGAGGUCAAGGACAGCACCAGGACCGGUGGCCCCAAGGUCCCUCGGAGAGAGCGCUCCUCCAGGGCCGGAGCGGGUCCUGUUUCCUCUCGAGCCAGAAAGGGCACCGUCAUACGACCUCAAUCUGCCACCGAGGUGAGUCAGAUUGCCAAAACCCAAGGGAAGAUCAUGAUGCCCCGCCCACCUCCUAGGAUGGAAUCAGUGGAAGAAAAGUUGUUGUGCCUUGCUACGACUCCAUAUGGCAUGGAUCAGGCUGGUGUCAACUGUAAACAAGCUUUAGAGCAGGCCCAAGACAACUCGGAAGGCUUUCUCUCCCCUCACACACAUAGUGUUAUUAGAGCAGAAAGCACUGUUGCGUACACACCGAUGCCCCCCUCGUAUACCUACCCCGUCUCAAAGGGCAACACGAAGGGCCCGAUGAACUCAGCUCCCCAGGAGGCGCAGGGCUGCAGCAGGAGAAGAGGGAUGGUGUACAAUGAGAAAGGCCUGUGUUUAGGUUGCACUCCCACAGAUGAGGAGAUCUCACAGCUCUGGCACGGUGUCCGCACGGCCUUAGCCACCAAGGAAGAAAAAAACAAGCUCCGAAAACAGGCGUUGGACAGUGGGCGAGGUGUGAGGAAGCCCUGCGUGGAGCCGAGCAGAGCGCCUCCUGGCUCAGGGAACAGAAGGCUUCCUCAGCCAACAAAGGGGACCACAGAGCCUCUCAGACCAUUUUCCUUUACUAAUAACCUGGGCUUUGCAGAAGAAGGUUUGUUGAGUGCAGCCCAGUUACACCUGGCACAUGCUGGACAACUUCUGGCAGAAACAGACCUCGUCGCUGCCAUGGAAACAGCCCAAACACAGAGGCCUGGCACAGUGCAGCAGCGCAGCCAACAGCAGGGACCAAACAACAUAUCUCUGGAGGAGCAGAAAAUCCUCCUCUCUCUGGACAGACUCAACCACCAGCUGUACUGUGUGCGGGAGCAAAUUGGUGGUAAUGCUGGCACGCGUGGCCUCGUACUUCUUGAUGCUCCCCCUACAAGGGAAGGGAAACUCACAACCCAUCACAAGAAUCGCUCAUCCUCAGCAAACAACCGCUCUCGAAACCAGAAGAAAUUCUGACUGACAGCAUGCGUGAUCCACGGUGGUCUACCCUCCCUUCUGUGCGUUAUAUACAUACCCUGUCAUACUGCAUCACCAGACUUUAUUACUCGUUAAUAAUAAACUAAUACGUUUAGUCUGUUUAAAACUCAAUAUAUCUAUAACUGCUUGAGUAUUCUGGAUCUAGGGAAUGCAAAGGACCGUAUCAGAGAAACUAGACUAAACGUAACUAUCAAGUUAGAGAGAUACAUUUAUGUUUUAAUUUUUCCAUCUUCCUUCGACAAAAACUUGUGGAUAAAACAUAUAUAUUUAUUGAGCAGUAUACUAUAACCAAUUAAUUCUAUGUGCCUUUGAAAAUUAUUGUAGCUUCCAAUUUUUUUUCUUUACUAAUCAAAAUAAAUCCCUUCAUAUAAUUGACACAUGGCCAAAGUUGACCUCAUAAUAGUCCUUGUACAAGAUUAGAUUUUAUUUUCAAAGCUAUCUCAUUCUGUAUUUAUUUGAUAUAGUAAAACUAACUUUCUGUGCCUGACAGCGAAUGAAAUAAAGCUUCUUGUCAACCUACUGAUAAACUGACUGGGUGCAGUGUGUUCAGCAACUUCAGCAGUGUGAGUAUUUCAUCAGUGACACACAAGGCAGUCCGUAAAUAGAACUGGGGACCGGAAACGGUUUAUAGAGAGCAGUGUCGCAACGCUGAAGGUGUGUUUGUCUUUCUUUGAUGGCUGUAGAAAGGACGAUUAUAUCUUGUGCAUUAGACUCAACCUACUGGCUAAACAAGGUGAGCCAGAGGCCUUCCAGCUUUUUGUUGAAGUUGACUCUACCCUGAACUCUUGCUUUAGGUCCUAUUUCAUUAAAUAGCGUCCUUGAAUAAGAGAAAAGCCUGUAGAUUAUAUUUGUAUUACGUAUUAGUCGCUGGCUACUGCAAUCAAACGGUUAUUAAUUAAAUGUCCUUCUAUCUCCCUUGCCAAAGACUAGGGGAAAAAAGCUCUAGGGAUUAUUGAUGUGAGUUCAGUUGCCCCUCUUUCCCGGGCAUGUCUGGUUUUGCCGUUCAGUCAACCUGCUGGGACUUGCUCCAAAAGGUGGAGGAAGCCCAAUAGCUCAUUUAAAGAAUCCCUAUCCUAUCAGUGAUGACAUUGUUGUGGUUUAACUACAGGUUUCUUGUGUUUCAUAUGCAUAUAUUCUUUAGCAUUUCUACAAGGAGAUGUAAACAGUCAUGUGAAUGUGCUGCCAUAUAGAGUCAUGCUUCAUCUUACACAAAAUAGACACAGAGAGAUAUAUGCUCCGCUUUGGUGUAUGGUGAUGCCUGCAGCAGCAGAGGGAGGCCUUUUGAGGAGCUGUGUGCAGAAAGAUUCUCUAGUUAAAAAAAAAGGACAAAAGAACUGUGGUCAUUUGAGGAGGGGCUCUUGUGGCAUUUCUAAGCCAGUGGGUAUUAGGUGAUGAAAACAGAGAGAGGAAAACACUGACACUUCAUUUGGACAUGUCAGUCCUGAUAUUUAAGUGUCACUAAAACCAAAAUGUGCCCAGUAGAAGCAACUAGGACUUGUGUCCUCCUUUCUUAUCACCGGAGCCCCUCAAGGCUGCGUGCUCAGCCUUCUCCUAUACCCCCUGCUCACACAAAACUGCGUGUCAGCACACAGCUCCAACACCAUCGUAAAGUUUGCCAAUGACACCACCGUUAUCGGCCUGAUCACCGAAGGCGACGAGACGGCCCACAAAGAGGAGGUCAGAACCCUGAUAUCUUGGUGCCAGGAUAACAACCUCCAUCUCAACGUCAGCAAAACCAAGGAGCUGAUUGUGGAUUACAGGA